ACCGUCGAUACGCCAAAUGUAUCUCAGCAGCUCUUUAGCUCUGUCAUAAGUGGGCCACGUCGGGGUUAUUACUGCAGUUGGUUCGAAAUAAUUUAUCCAGAAGCUAUUCUAGUUAAGCAGUGAGAUGGGGGCCUGUUCAUGUCCCAACAGUUCUGAUACUUCCGACAAGUUGGCCACCAUCACCCUGUUCCAAAUUAGUCAUUCACUUCGUAUGUCCUGGCGCUUCAGUGAACCUUAUGUGAGUAUGCAGGGUACAACUUAUUUUAAUAUUGAUGGCUUCAUUUCGCGUGGCAAUAACUAGGCCAGCGUGUCUCCAUCGUAUGACAGAAGGAACAUGGCUAAAUCCGGACAUCAACAACCGUCUGCCACACUUGCAAUUUAUCUCCCCUACUCAUACCCUAAACUAUGGCUAAUCCCAUCUAGCACUCUCUCAUCACGGUUGUAUAGAUUGAAUCACAGCAACAACUUACAUGGAGCUGGAACGAAGUCUCAUCUUCCAGACCCUUGGUGCGCACGGCUUCACCACGUUGUUCCUCUUCAAUUGGCAACUGACUGCAGGUCAUCUGCAUGCGGUGCAUUUACUAAUACUUUAGCCAAGCAGCGCAUGGAUUUGGCUUAUGACUUUGUUCUAGCCGCUCCUGUUGCAUUAAAGCGCUUGUUAACCGCCUCAAGACCACCCACUUUCGGGUUAUACCCCCGUAGCGGGUUACCCCCUACAAGAAGAGUGUCUCCUGACUACUUACUGAUGCGUUUAUGCAGGUUUGGAUACAGUAUGUAUGAGACGGGAGAAUAUGGGAGAGGUUUGGAUUGAUAUCCUAUUCGUCUUAGAAGUCUUUUCUUUCUUUCGCGAAAAUUAAAUGAGACCGUUGGUCUUUCAAAGCCAGAUUGAAGCGAAA